GAACACACCUUGAACGUAGCACCAAUGUGCCUCGCAUGCUACCAACACAUUGCUCGGCUUUUUGCUAGUUUGUUCACAGCAUGUGAAGACAGAGUGGCAACAUGUCGGAAUAAGGAUAGAUUAAAAGUUUAAUUAAUUGUGCGAAAGGUUGUAUAGCAAUAGCUAUCAAAAUGGUGAAGGAACAAUUCAGAGAGACAGAUGUGGCGAAGAAAAUAAGCCACAUCUGCUUUGGGAUGAAAUCUGCAGAACAGAUGCGAAAGCAGGCCCACAUCCAGGUGGUCAGUAAAAAUCUGUACAGCCAAGAUAACAAACGCACUCCUUUGCCUUAUGGAGUGUUGGACCACCGAAUGGGAACCAGUGAGAAAGACAGACCAUGUCUGACAUGUGGGAAAAAUCUGGCCGAUUGUUUAGGACAUUACGGCUACCUGGAUUUGGAGCUGCCCUGCUUUCAUGUCGGCUACUUCAAAGCAGUUAUUGGGAUUUUGCAGAUGAUCUGCAAGACAUGUUCGAGUAUAAUGCUGACCAAAGAAGACAAGCAGCAAUUCAUGGAUUACUUGAAACGGCCAAACUUGGCCUACCUGCAGAAACGAGGGCUGAAGAAGAAGAUCUCUGAUAAAUGCCGCAAAAGGACAAUUUGCUUGAACUGUGGCGCUUUCAAUGGAUCUGUGAAAAAGUGUGGCUUGCUUAAGAUCAUCCACGAGAAGUAUAAAACAACCAAAAAGGUGGUGGAGCCCUUCGUGUCUGAUUUUCUGCAGUCCUUUGAUAUUGCCAUUGAGCACAACAAACUAAUGGAGCCUUUAUUGCCCAGAGCACAGGAAAAUUUGAACCCUCUGGUUGUUCUCAAUCUAUUUCGGAGAAUUCCUGCAGAAGACAUCCCUCUGCUGUUGAUGAACCCAGAGGCGGGGAAACCCGCAGAUCUCAUUAUCACCCGUCUGCUCGUGCCGCCUCUCUGCAUCCGACCGUCAGUGGUCAGCGAUCUGAAGUCGGGCACCAAUGAGGACGAUCUGACCAUGAAGCUGACGGAGAUAAUCUUCCUAAAUGAUGUCAUCAAAAAGCAUCGAAUGACUGGAGCAAAAACCCAGAUGAUAAUGGAGGAUUGGGACUUCCUGCAGCUGCAGUGUGCCCUUUACAUCAACAGUGAACUUUCUGGCAUUCCCCUCAACAUGGCACCUAAAAAGUGGACCAGAGGCUUUGUGCAAAGACUAAAGGGCAAACAAGGUCGAUUCAGAGGAAACCUCUCAGGAAAAAGAGUGGACUUCUCUGGAAGAACUGUCAUUUCCCCUGACCCAAACCUAAGGAUUGAUGAGGUUGCUGUCCCUGUUCACGUGGCUAAAAUCCUGACAUAUCCAGAGAAGGUAAACAAAGCCAAUCUGGAACUAAUGAGGAAACUCGUUCGUAACGGCCCAGACGUUCACCCCGGAGCCAACUUUAUCCAGACUCGUCACACACAGAUAAAAAGAUUUUUGAAAUACGGGAACCGUGAAAAGAUAGCUCAGGAGCUGAGGAUUGGUGACGUGGUGGAAAGACAUCUAAUCGAUGGAGACAUCGUCCUCUUCAAUCGACAGCCUUCUCUGCACAAACUCAGUAUCAUGGCUCACAUAGCUAAAGUCAAACCACACAGGACGUUUCGGUUUAACGAGUGCGUGUGCACGCCGUACAAUGCCGACUUUGAUGGCGAUGAGAUGAAUCUCCACCUGCCUCAGACUGAAGAAGCCAAAGCCGAAGCCCUGGUCCUGAUGGGGACUAAAGCUAACCUUGUUACACCAAGAAAUGGCGAGCCUCUGAUUGCUGCUAUUCAGGACUUCCUGACAGGUGCGUACCUGUUGACGCUGAAGGACACCUUUUUCGAUAGGUCGAAAGCCUGCCAGAUCGUUGCAUCGAUACUUGUGGGGAAAGAUGAAAAAAUCAGGAUCUCUCUCCCUCGCCCUGCUAUAAUAAAGCCAAUUGCCUUGUGGACAGGUAAACAGAUCUUCAGUGUCAUUUUGAAGCCAAGUAAAGAUUGUCCUGUCAAUGCAAACUUGCGGACCAAAGGCAAACAGUACUGCGGCAAAGGAGAGGAUCUCUGCCACAACGACUCAUUUGUGGUGAUUCACAACAGUGAGCUGAUGUGUGGAAGCAUGGAUAAGGGCACCCUGGGGUCCGGCUCAAAGAACAACAUUUUCUACAUCUUGCUAAGAGACUGGGGACAGCUGGAGGCUGCCAACGCCAUGUCCCGCCUGGCGCGACUCGCUCCGGUCUAUCUUUCCAACAGAGGCUUCUCUAUAGGAAUCGGUGACGUGACUCCCGGGACGGGUUUGUUGAAGGCCAAACAGGACCUGCUGGACGACGGCUACAGGAAGUGUGAUGAAUACAUCGAAGCUCUGCAGACGGGCAAGCUGCAGCAGCAGCCCGGGUGCUCGGCAGAGGAGACCCUGGAGGCUCUCAUCUUGAGAGAGCUUUCUGUGAUCAGAGACCGAGCUGGCAGUGCCUGUCUGAGGGAGCUUGAUAAGAGUAACAGCCCCCUCAUUAUGGCUCUCUGUGGUUCCAAAGGGUCCUUCAUUAACAUCUCCCAGAUGAUCGCCUGUGUGGGUCAGCAGGCUAUAAGUGGCUCUCGAGUCCCGGAUGGUUUUGAAAACCGCUCCUUGCCCCACUUUGAAAAACACUCAAAACUGCCUGCUGCCAAGGGUUUUGUGGCCGACAGCUUCUAUUCUGGUCUGACGCCCACCGAGUUCUUCUUUCACACCAUGGCCGGUCGAGAGGGUCUGGUGGACACUGCUGUCAAAACGGCAGAGACUGGAUACAUGCAGAGGCGUCUGGUGAAGUCUCUCGAGGAUCUGUGCUCUCAGUAUGACCUGACGGUGCGCAGCUCCACCGGUGACAUCAUCCAAUUUAUUUAUGGGGGCGAUGGCCUGGAUCCGGCUGCGAUGGAAGGAAAGGAUGAGCCGCUGGAGUUUAAGAGAGUUCUGGACAAUAUUAGGGCGGUCUACACUUGCCCAAGUGAGCCGGCCCUCAGUCAGAACGAGCUCGUCCUCACUGCUGAUGGCAUCAUGAAAAAGGCGGACUUUUUGUGCUGCAGAGACAGCUUCUUGGAGGAGAUAAAGAAAUUUAUAAAGACCAUGUCAGAGAGGAUCAAGAAGACCAGAGACAAGUAUGGCAUCAAUGAUAACGGGACUACUGAGCCAAAGGUUCUUUAUCAGUUGGACCGAAUUACCCCAACCCAACUCGAGAAGUUUUUAGGAACCUGCAGAGACAAGUAUAUGAGAGCUCAGAUGGAGCCAGGUUCAGCAGUUGGAGCUCUCUGCGCCCAGAGCAUCGGAGAGCCAGGCACUCAAAUGACACUGAAAACCUUUCACUUCGCUGGCGUGGCGUCGAUGAAUAUCACUCUGGGGGUGCCUCGCAUCAAAGAAAUUAUUAACGCUUCCAAGAAUAUAAGCACCCCUAUAAUCACGGCUCACUUGGACGUGGAAGACGACGCAGACUUUGCCCGGCUGGUGAAGGGGAGAAUUGAGAAAACGCUUCUGGGAGAGAUUUCAGAGUACAUUGAAGAGGUUUUCCUCCCGGAUGACUGCUUCAUCCUGGUGAAGCUCUCUCUGGAGAGAAUAAGGCUGCUCCGGUUGGAGGUGAAUGCGGAAACGGUGCGGUACUCGAUAUGCAUGUCGAAGCUGCGAGUGAAGCCCAGCGACAUCGCCGUGCACGGUGAGGCGGUGGUCUGCGUGUCGCCACGGGAGAACAACAAAAGCUCCAUGUAUUACGUUCUGCAGUCGUUAAAAGAAGAACUUCCAAAGGUGGUGGUUCAGGGGAUACCUGAAGUUGCCCGAGCCGUCAUUCACAUCGACGAGCAAAGCGGAAAGAACAAAUACAAACUCCUGGUUGAAGGCGACAACAUGAGAGCUGUCAUGGCAACGCAUGGUGUCAACGGGAGCCGGACCACCUCGAACAACACGUAUGAGGUUGAAAGGACUUUGGGUAUUGAGGCUGCAAGAUCCACUAUCAUUAAUGAGAUUCAGUACACCAUGGUGAACCACGGCAUGAGCAUCGAUCGCCGUCACGUCAUGCUUCUGGCAGAUCUCAUGUCCUACAAGGGGGAGAUCCUGGGAAUCACCAGGUUUGGACUAGCCAAAAUGAAGGAGAGUGUCCUCAUGCUGGCCUCGUUUGAGAAAACAGCCGACCACCUCUUUGACGCCGCCUACUUUGGACAAAAAGACUCCGUCUGCGGCGUGUCAGAGUGCAUCAUUAUGGGAAUUCCAAUGAAUAUCGGAACGGGACUGUUUAAACUCCUACACAAGGCUGACAAGGAUUCCACUCCCGUCACCAGGCCGCUCCUCUUUGACAACGCAGACUUUCAUAUACCUCUGUUCACAUAGCAACAACAAAAGAAACAGCACGAAAUAUUCAUACCGUCUUCAGAGAGACGGUAUGAAUAUCUUACUACAAGUGCCCGCUGUGAGUUUGAUUUUGUUUUUGUUUUUUUGUUUUUGUUUUUGUUAGGGUUCUGACAAAGAAUAAUAUUCUUUUUUUGGCAUCAGUGCCUGAUGUCACCACUGUGAGACUGCUGCUUUUCAAACUUGUCAGCAAGUGAUAAAUGGUAAUAUUUUUUAUUUUUAUUUUUGAUCUACAAAACAAAUAGGAAAGCAGUUUUUCCCCUUUUUUCCUGCUAAAUAAUGUUUCUUCUAUUAUAUAACCUUAUGUUCUCAGAGUGUGGAGACAAACCUCUGAAUUAUUGAUGACAGAACUGCAUUGGAAAGACGGUGUAGCUGUUUGAGUUGUUACCUCUAAUUAUGGAGAAACAAAGAGUCGCAUUUGAGUUCAGUUUUCUCCGUUUAAAUUCUCAAAUCUCACUGCAGCUUUUAUUUGACCGUUUAUUUCAUCUCAAGCCACUGAAAAGUAUGUAUGGAGAAAAGGCCAAUAAUAGUCAUAAUAAAUACAAGAUUCUAAAAUUAAAGAGGAAAAAAUUGUUUUCCAUUUAUUGUGGGUGCAGAAUGUUUCAUAAUUAAAGAUUUGUUUUAGCAAUGUGGCCAAACUAAUCAGACCAGAUCUCUAUUUAUGUGGAGCAGCAAGUCACAAUAAAAAAAACAAAACAGACACUUAACUUGAGGACAUGGCAUGAAAUUCCUUUGUUUCAACCAACUGGGGUUAAAAAGGCAAAACAUGAAAAUGAAAAACAUACAAGUUGCUGAUUGGACUGAGAGGCGAACAAGAAAUCAAUAAAUCAUAAUGACUGAAUCCAUCACUCUUAAGAGACAACACACCUUUGAAACUCAUAAGUUGGCUGUAUGGAAAAACUACAACCAGAGAUCGCAAAGGCACUAAUUGUAAUAAUGUGAGGUUAUGACACGUUUCUUUCUGUUUUGUUUUUUUUUGUUUUAAAUGUUGUACCUGUAGAGCGCCAACUCAGUUUACAUAUCAAGGCACUUAAAAAUACCAAUAGGCUGAAUUCAAUUGUUUUAGGAUGAAGAAUAACUUUUUUUUUCAUCUGUUCAAAUGAAUUCGUUAUUACAAAAGAAUCAUUAACAUCCAUUUUCGUUGCAACCGCAACCAAGUAAAAAAUAAAUUUUUACUUGGGGGGCAACUGAGUCUGAUACCCCUGAAUAAACUUCAGUAGAGCCAGUUAACUUCAGAAGUCACUCAAUUAGUGAUUGAAAAGUGCAAGUGAAGAGUUACAGCUGUUCCUGGAAAGGCUCCUGACGUUUGUUAGAGAACAUUAGUGAACCAACAGCUUCAUGAAGAAACGCGCCCAACAGGGAUAAAGCUUUGGUGACGGUAUGAAAUAAUAUUUGAAGCUCUUAAAACUUAAGAGCUUAGGUUUGUAAACCUAUUGAAUUAAUUCAGUCCUUCAUUUGAGAAGAAAAUGGAACACCUGCAGCCUCUGACAGGACAGAGAAACAAGCUUUAUUUGAAGCUGAUAUCUGACGAAAAGUAGCUGGAAAAAGCCAAUUAAAACAGAGUCAUAAGUCCCAUUUGCAGCUUGCUACAAGACAUGUAGUGGACAGAAUAAAACGAGAUUUUUGUCUCUAGUUGUGCAAAGCAAAAGGUUUGUAAAUAGAUGUGUUUACAAACCUAUUCAUUCUUUCAGUUCACAGUUUAGUUUUAUGUGGUUUUAUGUGGUUUACCACAUAAAACUCCAACAAAACACAGGGACAUUUGUAGUUAAGUCACACAAUAUGAAAAAUGUCCGUAAGUUAUAUGUUUUCGGGACGCUGUAAUAUACAGAUCCCAUUAAAUACAUUCCAGUUGGAUCCAGAUUAUGACACAAAUCUGUCAAAACCACUUGAGGAUUUUAAUACUCAACUUCUCAAAAGUCAUUUGUCUGAGGAAGUCAUCGAAUUAACUUUUAGUCCCUCCAUCUUGAGCAAACAUGAGGCAAUGCUAAAGAGAGGCACCUAUUAACAGGAAGAAACCUAAAGCAGAAGCAAGCUCAGCAUGGUGUUGAUAGGACAAGAUGGAAAUGCAGAGGAAAAACAACAAGCACUGCGAAAGGAGCUCAGCAUGUUCUUUCUUUACUAUUUGUUUUGCUUUAUUUUUUAGCAAAGAAAAAAAAGACUGUAGACAAACUAAAUGGUGACAAUGACUCUGUCCUGGAAGUCAGGAGUAAUAAUAUCUUUGUUAAAAACAGAGUUUACCAUUUGGACAAAUGAUUAAAAAAAUUAUGUUGAAUUUUUUUAAAACAGAGUAGGAAAGCAUGUGAACAAGCUGUUAAAUGUACAAAUCCCCCACAGGGUUGUUUCAAUCUCAACAGCUUCUCCUGUGUUGCUGAGAGAAGAGAGUUUUUCCUUUAGUAGUGACUUUUCUGUUAAUGCAUUUGAGUCAUAUUGGUGGGUUGUAUUGCAGAGGCUCCCUGACUGUUGGGAGAAGCAUCCUCGACUUCAGAAGAGCUCUCCAGCUUAAGGUUCAACACCCUCGGGGGAGAAAUGUAGGCUUUAUAAGUCUUUCUUUUUUUACCCAGCAUGCUCUUGCUUUUAUUUACUUUGAACCUGUUUCGAGGCCUUUUUAGGAUUCAGUUCAUGAUCCGCUGCUUAAUAUGUAAAGGUGGCGAGAGUUUAGUUUCUUUGUCUUUCAAAAAACUUCAGCAUCAAACUAGAAGUAUUUUAGGCAGUAGGGAAAAAAAUCUCAGAAAAUGAUCAGUCGUCCAAGGCUUAUACAAUAAAUACCACUGAAACAUUUCUUUAAAUGUGAUUUUAAAGCAUGUGCUGAUCAACUCUUCAAACAUCAUAUCUCUAAUGCAAAUGACUAAACAUAGUUGUUAGAAAAUGUCCAGAAAGGAUCAGAUACAAUGCUAGGAAAGGUAAUGUCUUUUAUUGCAAAUUUCAAUAAACAAUCAAAAUUGUGACUUUUGAUUUUUAUAAUGCUACAAAGUCGGUAAUGUGUAGGACAAUAUUUGGGUGGCGCAAACCAGGAACAGUGUCCCACAGUUUGGUCAAGAAAAUCUAAAAGUGUUAAAAACAUAUUUGAACAAGUCAGAUUAAUUUAAAUGCUUGAACUUAGACUGUCAGGUUAACUGGUCUUUCUAAAUUGCCUUUAGGUAUCAGUGUGUGUGUGUGUCACCUUUCCUUUGUGUUGAGUUGUCGCACAAAAUCCCAGCAAAAUGCAUUGAAGUUGGUCAUUGUAAUGGUGUAACGCAUGCUUCAAAAAGUCAUGGGGUGUGAAUAGUUUUGCAAUGCACUGCAAACACAAACUUUAAAUGUGUCAAAAAUAAACAAAGCAAUCAGUCUGUAGCAGAAUGAGAAAAAUCAUACAUUCUUAAUUACCAUUUCAAACGUUAUUGUCACUUAACAUUUGAGUGAAAAUUACUAGAACCUGAAAUGAGGUCACUAGUGCCUCUUGAGUGCCUCUUGGCAUUUCUUCUUUAAAUCACAGGGAGUUACAGGUGGCUAAAGUGCGACUCAAAAAGGUUUACGUAAAGUCAGCUCUCAUUUUAAACUGCAGCAUUUAAAUGAUAAAUAAAUAAAUAAAUGUUUUGGUCACUGGUCACUGCCAUUUUUGCUCUGAGGCCACUGGCAUUUUCAAAGAAAAGUGGCAUCGACAUUUCUAACCUCCCAUUCCAUCAGGUUAGAAAGGCUCCGU